AGUUAUUGAGAGUGAGUCCACGCAAUCGGUUCGCAACACGCUUGGUGGUCGCUUAGUAUCUAGUGUGUGGUGAAAGUAUAAAAAUGCGCGUCGCAAGCGCUUGAAAGACGCUUCACAAAUUUACGAACGAACGCGUGUGGAAAAAGCGAAGCGAAUGUGUCGUGUAGUAACGACUGUGAGUAAAAUCUUUUAUAAUUACUACAUGUGAGCAAACUUUUGAAUGGCAGUAUUGCCAACAAACUAGAAAAAGGAAUUAAAGUAAUAAACGCAAGUGCAUAGACGACAGUGAAAAGAAACUCAAACGAAAGCGAAAGUAAAAAACCGAAACGUAUGAAAAACACAAAUCAAACAUCAAAAGCAACAAAAUUAAGGACCUAUAAUAACAGCAAACACAGUAGUGUUGUAAAGCAAGAAACGCAAAGCAAAACUUUGUUUGUGUGCAUGUGUGUGUUCGCGUAAUGCGCCAACUGAAAGUGAAAUUUCACAAGUGCAAACUCACCAACACACAGCCGCACAUACAUUCACCCAACCACCGAACCACAUGAAAUAAAAUAACAAGCACUUGAGCGCAUGUAAAUAUAGAAUUGUGUAUUUGUGGCGAUUGUUGUUGGCGCAUGCAGGCGGAAAACGAGCGUUAAACAACUGCCUACCGCAGUGACUAAAGCAAGAGGCAAGCGAAGAAGAAGCUGCCACAUUAGGACAUACAUAUGUACGUAAGCGUGUGAGUGCGGUGAGCGCACGCCAAACGGUAAAUGAGUCUGCAGACAACCACACAUACAUACACAGAUACAUAUAUAUGUAUAAACAACAACAUGGGUAAAAGUGGGAGUGUGUGCAGCAGCUGCUGAAGUAGCGACGGUGGAAUCUCAAGAAACUCGGUGGUCGCGGUGGAGCGUCUAAAAUAUCAACUGCAAGAACGACAACAACAAAAAAUUAUAAAAAUACAAACAACAAAAACAGUGAGCCGCAACUCUCAAAAAGCAAAUAAUAACAAAGUGAAAGCAGCAGCAACAACAAACCAAAAAAAAAAACAAAAAAAAAAAGCAUUUAAAGCAACAACGAAAACAUCGUCAACAAACAGCAAGCUUGCCAUGAAGCCCGGUAGCAGCAUCAAUCCCACACGGCUCGUACAUCAUAGCGACGGUAAUUAAAAACUUCAAGUGUAAAUGAAUGAGUUUAAUGUUUAAUAUCAAAGUGGCGACUAUCAUCUAAAUCAGCUAGUUUCUACAAUCAUUAAAGCCAGACGUCUUCAGCACUAUAAGGUGGGUUUGCGGGCUUUCUUUUGGACUUCAAUAAACUACUUGAAUAAUAACGGAAAUGUUGCCGCUGUAAUAAGUUGUGAAAAGUGUCAAACAAAAGGAGCAUAAAUCAAGGAAGUUUGAAGGAGUGCUGAAAGGGAGCACGUGAAAGCAAGUAGUAGAAGAAGAAGAAGCAGUACAAACACAAAGUCUCAUAAUAAAUGCUUACAACACAAACAGGAACGCGUAACUAAAAAGCAUCAGAGGGCAUAAAGAAAGCUUUUCUAAAGCUCAGAGAAAAAUAUUAUAAACAAAACUCGUUUAUAACAGAGAUAAAGCUACGGGAAACAAAAGUAAAAUUUUAAAAAUUUCUUUAAAAUACUCUGAAAAAAACUUUGACAAGAAAGCUUAAUUAAAAAUUAGUAACUUCCAAGAAAAGUAAAAAUUAACAGGAAAUUAUCCAAAACUGUGAUCGAAAGUUUCCAUUUCAAAGAGUAAAAACAACAAAAGCACUGUUUUCGACACACACACAUUAAGCCAAAGGCAAUUACAAACUUUUCACUAAUAAAGCUCAAAAAGCUCACUUCAUAUUAAGAAAAUUAAGCGUUAGAGACUAAUACAAAAGACAAAAAUGUCACAAAUCAAGCCACUGUUCAUCGUAUUCUUUUUCAUGGCGACCCAGUGUCCCAACUCAAGCUCACAGAAUCUGCAUGUUUAUACUUAUAUUACAGAGCCGAAUUCACAGCUCGAUCCGGAUCCGGAAUUCUUGGGCACCAUUAGUAAUGUCACAUAUCCGGCAGGACGUGAGGCUAUACUGGCGUGUUCGGUGCGGAAUUUGGGCAAAAAUAAGGUCGGCUGGUUACGUGCCUCCGAUCAAACUGUGCUCGCACUACAAGGUCGCGUUGUCACACACAAUGCUCGCAUAAGCGUCAUACAUGAAGAUGCUCACACUUGGAAAUUGAAGAUCAGCAAAUUGCGCGAAAGUGAUCGCGGUUGCUAUAUGUGCCAAAUAAAUACGAGUCCAAUGAAAAAGCAAAUUGGUUGCAUCGACGUACAAGUUCCACCCGACAUCAUCAACGAAGAAUCGUCGGCCGAUUUGGCGGUGCAAGAAGGAGAGGAUGCCACAUUGACCUGCAAGGCGACUGGCAAUCCAAUGCCGCGCGUCAUCUGGCGUCGUGAAGAUGGUGAUAUGAUUUUAAUACGCAAGCCGGGAAGUCGUGAACUCAUGAAAGUGGAAUCCUAUAGUGGCUCGUCUUUGCGGCUGGUGCGCUUGGAGCGGCGCCAGAUGGGCGCUUAUUUGUGUAUUGCAUCGAAUGAUGUCCCACCGGCAGUUAGUAAACGCGUUUCGCUCAGUGUACAAUUUGCCCCCAUGGUACGUGCUCCCAGUCAAUUGUUAGGCACACCACUUGGCUCGGAUGUACAACUGGAAUGUCAUGUCGAGGCCUCACCAUCGCCUGUCUCCUAUUGGCUGAAGGGUGCCCGCACUCCCAGUGGCUAUGCGAGCAUCUCGAAUUCAAAUUUAGAGUCAGGACAGCCGGGGCCGGAAAUGCUUUUGGACGGUCCUAAAUAUGGCAUAACGGAAAAACGUGAUGGCUACCGUGGCGUGAUGCUGCUGGUCGUGCGCUCAUUCUCACCCUCCGAUGUUGGCACAUACCACUGCGUGAGCACGAAUUCCCUAGGCCGUGCAGAGGGUACUCUAAGGCUCUAUGAAAUCAAAUUGCAUCCCGGAAUCGCGUCCAUAAAUGAUGAUCAUCUCAAUUUCAUAAGUGGCAUCGAGGAGGCGGCGCGGGGUAGCGUUCCAGCUACUUCAUUGGCCACAAUUCUGAAGCUCUAUUUGACAUUUUACAUCGCAAAUUUGUUGUUUUCAACGACAGUCACAGCACAGUCGGUCGAGAGGCGAGCGUAGUUUAUUGCAUUUAUUUCCUAUAUAUUUAUAUAGAUAUAUAAGUAUAUAAGUAUAUAUCUAUAUAAGUAUAUAUAUAUAUAUAUAUAUAUAUGUAUAUAGAUAUAUAUAUAUAUAUAUGUAUAUAGAUAUAUAAGUAUAUAUAUAUAUAUAUAUAUAUAAUAUGUAUAUAGAUAUAUAAGUAUACAUAUUUACUCAGCAUGUUUGCUUGUUUGUUCGUUAGUUGCCUAACUAUGUUAAAACAUUAAAAGAGAAAUUGAUGCAAGCGUUCAAAUUAAAAAGUGAUCUUCGAUCUUCGGAGUUCUCAGUCCACUCUCUUAACUGUCAAUUAAUAUUUAUUUUGACCCAUGAAAUUUAGAUUCGAAAUUAACCCUCAAAGAUGAUAAAUUUCCUUUUGGAGCUCAGCAUAUUUCUCAAAGGAUGGAUUUUUUAGGUAUCGGAGGAUAUAGCCCUAAAAGUCGUAUAAAUUUAAAGUAUUUUCCACAAUAUAUUGAGAAUAUGUUGUUGUUGCUUUCUAUUUCAAGAUUUUCUUAUACUUGCUUUAGAUCAUUAAAAAAGAAAAUAUUGAGUUUGUGAAGUUUCAUUAUUGCAGCAUUUAAUAUAGUUAUUUGCUUAAUUGGAAAUUUUGAUUCUCAACAGAUUAUUGAUAACAAUUUUAACAAAAAACGCAACCUGGGAUUCUCCACAGUUUCUCAACAAACUAUUAACAAUAUUCUUAUUCCACUCUAAUAUUUUGAUACACUGUACUACACAAUGCACAUUUAACCAAAGCUGCAACCGUCGUAUCUCAACAGUUUCUCAAUAUCUUCUCUACAAAGAUGACUGAAAAGUUAACCUAAAACACAAUCCGUAAUUCUCAACUGUUUGUCAAUAGUUUUUCAAUAUAUUAUUGGUAGUAUUCUAAAUAAAGUGGAUGUUAUAAAUUGCUAUACUUUCUUAAAUUUUAGGAAGGUAUUUCUCAACAGUUUCUCAAUAGUUUCUCAACAAAUUAUUGAUAUGAGUCUUAACAGAAAUGUCUUUUAUAAAAGAAUCAAUUUGUACCGAAAAGUUUACCGAAAAUAAAAAUAAUAAUUCUCAACAGUUUCUCAAUAAUUUUUCUACAGUUAAAUGACACAAAAAUGUGUCUUUAAAAAAAAAAUUAAUCAAUUUGUUAUCGAAAAGGUUUCCCAAUAGUUUUUCUACAGUUUAAUGAUAGAAAUUUCACAAAAAUGUGUUUGACGAAAAAUCUUUCAAUUUGCAUCAAAAAUUUUACCAAAAAUACAUAUAUUAAAUCUCAACACUCUCUCAAUCGUUUACCAACAGUUUCUCGACUGCUAAGUGGUACUAUUUUCCCUUAUGAAAAAUUUAUUUCAGCGAAAUUACUAUAAUUAAAUUGUUUUUGUUUUUUAUUUUCUUACUUAGGCUUUAUUGUAGCUGAUACAAGAUUUGAUUUUGAAAGCGGGAACUAUUUUGAAAUAACAUAUAGCUAUUUCAAAAUGCUUAAAAAAGAACCCAGAAAAAGCUUCGAAAACUUGUAAAAUGUAUUUAAAACCAAUAAUUAAGACAAAAACAUAUAAUUUAUGAUUUACCGUAAGUUAGCUAAACAAUAACAACAACUUAAAAUGGUGAAAGAAAAUGCAUUCCUAGAAAUGUAAAGACAGAAGCCAAGAAAUUAAGCGAAAAAAACGAAUAGGAAAUAAGUACUGAGCGUAUAAGAUGACUAAAAGAAGAGCAAAGAGAAAAAAGGACAAAUAAAAUUAAAACCAAAACGUAUCAAAAAUACUUAUCGAAUUCUUAAUGUAAGAAAAACAAAAUACCAAAAACAUAUCUACAUAAGUAUGGUAUAUAUGGAACAAUAUGUAUGUAUAAUAUAAAAAACUAAACGAAUUGAAUUUAAGUAUGUGUGCUAAUUAUGUAAUUGUAUUGAGUAAAAAAUAAUAAUAAAAUUAAAAGCAUAUUAAAAAACGAACACAAACAUCAAUACAUAUGCAAAUGCAAAUCCACACACACAAACGAGUGUGACAUAAACGAAAUGCCAAAUAUGUGAGCCAAAAUGCAUGAGCAAAUAUAAUGAAACUAUCAAAAAUCUCAAUUGUAAUGGUAAAUAUCAUUAUCACAGCCCCAAUACAUAUUUACAAACACAUUCAAUAAAUAUAUUCAUAUAUAUGAUUAUGUAAAUGUAUGUACUUAUAUAAAACAUAUAUGUAUGCAUGCAUAGGUUUAACAUUUAAGCAUAAUCAAGGCAUACAUAGUCAUAUAAGUGCAAAUAUGUGUCUGUAUGUAUUAUACAAGCAUAACGUUACUUGAUAAAUGAUAAUUAAAUAAUUACACUAAGUUGAAUGAAAAAAUGUGCAUAAUAAAUAUUAUUGCUAAAAUAAAUAUAUUGUAAUUACUAGCAGAUGAUUAAGCAGAACCACGAUACUAUAAAAUAAUAGAUAAAUACCAUAUAAAAGAUAUUGUGAGAAAGACUUGCAUAAUAAAA